GCGCUGCGGCGGCCCCGCGGGGAGAGCUGUUACAGCGCCCAGCGCGUACCGGGGGCGCCUCGGCGCGGCUGGAAGCAGGGGGGCGGACUAAAAACGAAGCGACGUGCCUAACCCGCCAAUAAGCGUGCGGGACGGGCUGACAGGCACGCGGCUCGCCCAACGGGCUGGCGGCGGGCGUUAAAGGGCCGGCGGCGCGGCGGGGUGAGGUGGGUGCAGGACUGCAUCAAACUCAUAGCAUUGUGCUGCUGUCUUACCUGGAAGCACUUUAGAAGCUUUCUGUUCUCUUGUGACCACCAGCGUUUCUGUUUCUCUGGCCAGCAGGUUGCAUUUCUACACAAAAGGAAGCCUGACAAAUAGGAAAAUACUACAAAGCGAAGAGAAAAAUAAUUUCACAAGAACUGAGUUCUGCUUUCAUUGCUAAAUUUUAUUUGUAUUACUAGCUGAUUAACAUCAAAUAAUCCUUGUAGUCUGCUGUGUUAGGUUAAAGCUGGAAAAAAUGAAACAAUUAAAAAGAAAAAGAAAAAGUAAUUUUAGUGUUCAGGAAACUCAAACUCUCCUGAAGGAGAUCAGAAAAAGGAGAGAAGUACUCUUUUCAAAACAACUUAAUACAACAAUUAAUGAGAUGAAACGGAAGGCUUGGGAGGAAAUAGCAGAGUGUGUAAACGCUGUAGGUGAAGGAGAGCAGAGAACAGGGACAGAAGUGAAAAGAAGGUACCUUGACUGGAGAGCACUCAUGAAAAGGAAACGCCUGAAUGCAGACAUCAAGAUGGUAGGUGCUGGGUUUCAUCUUCCUUCAUCCGAUCUAGAUGACUCUCUCAAUGAAGAUAUGGAUGACAAAAUGGGAUUUGCAAACGAAUCUAGUUUUGAAUGGCAGAAUAUCACUGACUUCAGAGAAGCAAGUGGAUCUUUAACAGAAAUCAAAGUAGAAGAAGAAGAGGAGGAUCCACAAAACUUUGAGUUUCCUAUGGAAGAAGAAGAAGAAAUUUUGUCAUCAGUUUUGCCAGAUUCAAAAAAAGAAAAUGACCUACCAGAUUUCACCCACAUUGAAGAGUUUGGAAAUCUAAGCUCUGCUCAAGCUAGGUUAGCCUAUGAAGAUUCUCACUUGCUUAUAAGUCUGGAGAAGCAGAAGGUGGAGCUGGAGAAGCAGCGACUAGACAUAGAAGCUGAAAGAUUGCAAGUGGAGAAGGAGCGCCUGCAAAUUGAAAAGGAACGUUUGCGACAUGUUGACUUGGAGCGUGAGAGACUUCAGCUUGAGAAGGAGCGACUUCAGAUCGAGCGGGAGAAACUGAGGCUAGAGAUUCUGCAUGCUGAAAAACCUGCCCUGGAAAAUGAUCUGACCCAAACAGAAAAGCCUGUCGUGCAGCCUCUGGAUCUAGAAACUGAAAAGUUAAAACUUGAGAAAGAACGUUUGCAGUUAGAGAAAGAGAGGCUGCAGUUCUUAAAGUUUGAGUCAGAGAAGCUGCAGAUUGAGAAGGAACGCUUGCAAGUGGAAAAAGAACGCCUGCGAAUUCAGAGAGAGGGUCAUUUGCAGUGAACUUCUCAACUGAGGAGUCAGUACUAGUGAUUAGAUGUUCGUAAAAUAGAGGUAGUUCUUUUCCUAAUGCUGACACUGUCCUAAAGGUUUAAUGUUCUGUUCAGAGUUGAAUGUUGAUGUUAAACUUUAAAAAAAAAAAAAAAAAAAAAAGAAGGGGGGGUAAAAGAAUGGUGCUCAAUAAGUCAGUGUGCCUACAUAAAUAAGCUUAUGUGUGAAGUUGCGUUUCAGUGUAUG